AUUUCGCACUCGACCGACGUCUCAGUUAUCGAAUUGGCUCGGGGAUGAUAAUUAUUAUGACUUGACUUCUGCUAACUGAAGCCGUGGUAGGCAUUACGCUUUUUGAGACGAUUUUUUGUACAUUUAUUGAUAGUUAUUAAUUUUCCUUCAAGAACUAGUCAGCGAUUCGCAAAGACAGCAAUUGACGCCUUUCUCGUCUGCACUUGCUUGUUCGACCGUCGUUUUCCGUGUGUCGUGUGACCGCUUGUGACUUCCACGAUGCAGAGGCAACAGCAACAACAGCAGCUGCACCAGCAGCAACAACAACAGACUUUCGUACAGCAGCAACAGGUCUCUCAGCAGACCUCCCAACAGAGUGUUCGUCGCGUAGAACAGCACGUCACUCACCAAGUGACCAGCCAGCAACAUCAGCAAGUACAAGAGAUGGUGAUUCAAGGAUCUUUGCAACCUGCGUAUGGAGGCAGACCUGCAAAUAUUUCUCCCCCAGUGUUCGAGCAGAUAUUUCGAAAUGCUCGAUUUGCACAGGGAGGAAAUGCCCUCUUUGAGGGAAAAGUUCGGGGCCAGCCAAAACCAGUUGUUUCUUGGACCAGGAAGGGAGCACCUCUUCUCGAGUCUGGAAAAUACAGAAUGAGUUACGAUGAACAAAGUGGGAAGGUUUCACUUCUCAUUAAUACUAUAGGACCAGGUGAUGAAGGUGAAUAUACAUGUACAGCCCAAAACCAAUAUGGAGAAGCCAUUUGCUCCGUGUAUAUUCAGCCGGAAGGCCAACUGCAGCCACAGAUAAGUGGUUACCAAAAGGAGUAUGCCCAGACUGUACAGAGUAUGGAGCAGACCCAAUCAACUUUACAAAGAUACCAGAAGCAGAUGUCUGCGUAUGGUAAUGGAACAGUAGUUGAGGAGGAUUUUAAAGUUGAUACUUUUGAGUAUCGUCUGUUACGUGAAGUUGAAUUUCGUGAAUCAAUCACCCGCAGAUUUAUUGGGGAGAUCGAUUCUACAAUAAAUACUGUAGUUGAGCAUUCCUUGGGGCCUGCAGUCCCACCACAGAUUGUACAAAAACCUCGUAACUCAAAACUCUCUGAAGGUUCUGUUGCAACUUUUGAAGCGAGACUCACCGCAAACCCCAGACCAAGGCUUACUUGGUUUAAAAAUGGUCAGAGAAUCACAUCAACACAGAAAUACCAAACUAGCUUUUCAAAUCAACAAGCUACUUUAAAAGUUCAAAAUCUGAGUUGUACAGAUUCUGGCCACUACACGCUUUUGGCUGAAAAUCCACAAGGUUGCGUUGUCUCUUCUGCAUAUCUUGCUGUGGAACCAUCGUCUGUUCAAGAUGGCCUGUACGGAAACAUCCGCGAACAAACCAAGUCAACUGUUGUGGAAACCACAACAGUUGAAACAGACGGUGGGAAAUCACUGGCACCGAACUUUGUGCGUGUGUGUACAGAUCGUGAAGUCACUGAGGGCAAAAUGACUCGAUUUGAUUGUCGAGUGACCGGCCGCCCUUACCCAGAUGUUGCGUGGUUUAUUAAUGGCCGUCAGGUGUCAGACGAUGCCACGCAUAAAAUCUUGGUGAAUGAGUCAGGAAAUCACGCUCUCAUGAUCACUAAUGUACACCGUUCUGAUGCAGGUGUUGUAAGUUGCAUUGCUCGAAAUAAGUCUGGCGAAACAUCUUUUCAGUGCAAUUUACUUGUAAUCGAAAAGGAGCAGGUAGUUGCUCCCAAAUUCGUGGAACGCUUUACCACAGUGCAUGUAAAAGAAGGAGAGCCAGUAGUUCUAAACGCAAGAGCUGUUGGAACUCCUGUCCCACGUAUCACUUGGCAGAAGGAUGGUGUUCCAAUCACACCUGGACAAAAUAUAAAUAUAAGAACUGACAGUGGAGCCUCAACUUUAGAUAUCCCUCGAGCCAAGGCGUCGGAUGCGGCUUGGUACCAAUGUACAGCCCAAAAUGUUGCAGGCUCCACUGCCACUCGGGCACGACUCUUUGUGGAAAUUCCAAAGAGUUCUGCCCCACAACCUCGACGUCUCAAUCUACCCAGACCGACCAAGGUCAUUGAACCAGAACCACAACCGGGACCAGAAGUUAUUUACCUUCGUCACGUUGAACGAGCAAAACCACAUGCUCCAGAACCCCAGCAAGACCAAAUAUAUCCACCACCUCAAUUUAUUAUACCUCUUUCUAAUGUACAACAAGUGGAAGGUGGUCGUGUUCACUUUGAAGCACGUAUCGAACCCGUUGGUGAUCCAACAAUGAGAGUUGAGUGGUUUAUAAAUGGGAGACCUCUGGAAGCAAGUUCCCGUGCUACAACCAUCUUUCGUUUUGGAUUCAUUGCCUUGGAUCUCAUUAGUAUAAUUUUGGAAGACAGUGGAGAAUAUCUCUGCCGUGUAACUAGCAGCUCUGGUUCAGUAGAAUCUCGAGCAUUACUCAGUGUAACAGCUCGAGCUUCUAUUGAGCAGUCCAGUCAACAUCCGGACAGUCUCCAGUACAUUCAGCAACUAGAAGACUAUUCUCACUAUCAGAGGCAAGAAAGCUUGGAAGAAACCAUUUACCAGCGCCCGAAUUUCAUCCGGCCACUCCAGAAUCUUGGAGAGCUGCAGGAAGGGCGCAACGCGCAUUUCGAAGCCCAACUUACCCCUGUCAGCGACCCUUCAAUGAAAGUGGAAUGGUACAAGGAUGGGAAAACCAUCACAGCAAGUUCUCGCAUUACAACGCUCUUCAACUUCGGUUAUGUCUCCCUAAAUAUUAUGCACCUACGAGUUGAAGAUGCAGGAACAUACACUGUGAGAGCUGUGAAUGCAUUGGGCGAAGCAAUUAGCUCAUCAACUCUGAAAAUCUUAGCAAGAACGAGUGUGACUGGAGACUUAGGUAUUCCAGAGCAGCAACGUUACAUUGAGAAGGUUGAAGAACUUGAGGCAUAUCAACAACAACAACAAUAUAAGUACACAAAAGAAGUACCUGAAAGUACAUCUCCACCAGAAUUUAAGUCACCCAUUCAAGAUCAACUGAAUAUUCAUGAAGGUGGAUUUGCCCACUUUGAGGCACGCUUGGAGCCAAUUGGAGACUCAACCCUCAGAACAGAAUGGCUCAAAGACGGUCGCCCUGUUGAAGCAAGUUCUCGAAUCACCACUUUCUUCAACUUUGGCUAUGUGGCUCUUACAAUCAAAUAUGUCACUACUCAUGAUAUUGGAACAUAUGUAUGUUGUGCAUACAACAGUUUAGGCCAGGCAACCACCACUGCUAGACUUACAGUAUUAAGCAAACAAGACAUAAUUUUGGAUAGCCAACAUCCUGGAGGGCUAGAGAAAAUCCAGUAUUUAGAAGAUUCAAGAUACAGUCGCAGUUUACAUGAAGAAACGACAGCUACUCAAAAACCACGGUUUUUGGGUCCAUUAAAGGGCACAAACAAAAUAGUGGAGGGUCAGAGAGCCCAUUUUGAGGUUAGAGUGGAGCCUCAAAAUGAUAUAAACAUGAUUAUUGAAUGGUACUUCAAUGGCAAGGUCAUUAUGAGUGCUAACAGAAUUCAAACUCAUCAUGACUUUGGAUACAUUGCUCUUGAUAUAGAAAAUGUAAGAUCUGAAGAUGCAGGCACCUACACUGUAGUAGCUAGGAAUGCUUUGGGUGAAGCUCAGAUGUCAGCCACAAUGGAAGUUGAAACUCGUUCAAGCAUUGAUACUUCCAGUUUACAUCAUGGAACUUAUGAAAAGACACAGAGGCUUGAGAGCUCCAAAUUUGUAGAACCUCAAUAUCACAUUGAAGAAAUAUCAAAAUCAAAACCUAUUUUUGUUCAGCCUCUACAAGAUCCUAAACCUGUCAGUGAAGGUAAAAACAUCCACCUUGAGUGUCGAUUGGAGCCAAUGGGUGAUCCAACGAUGCGUGUAGAAUGGUUUUAUAAUGGACGAAGUAUCACCGUUGGGUCACGAUUCCGCACAUAUUAUGAUUUUGGUUACAUUGCUCUGGACAUAGUACAUGCUACAUCUUUAGAUUCUGGUGAAUACACUGUCAGAGCCUCCAAUCAUCUAGGCUCAGCACAUACUUCAGCAUGUGUGCGAGUUAUUUCUCGAUCAGACAUUUUGACAGAGAGUCAAAAUGAGGCCGCAUUGGAACAAAUCCAAAUUCUUGAAGAUUCUGCUCGUCACCGACGUACAAUGCAAGAAGAUAUAACCAUUAUGCAAGCUCCUCAGUUCACUCGCCCUCUUCAUAACAUUGAAACUGUGGAAGGCACAAACAUUCAUUUGGAAUGUCGUCUUCAACCUGUAGGGGACCCAACAAUGCGAGUAGACUGGUUUGUUAAUGGUCGUCCUGUAAAAACAGGUCAUAGAUUCCGACCAGCAUACGACUUCGAUUAUGUUGCUCUAGAUCUUCUUAGUGUAUAUGCCGUUGAUUCUGGUGUUUACACUUGUCAAGCACGAAAUCAAUUGGGUGAAGCUGUAACAUCAUGUUCUGUUAAAAUUAUAGCAAAGAAAGAUCUAAUUUUGGAAUCGCAACAUCCUUCUGGACUGGAAAAAAUUCAGUAUUUGGAGGAUGCUUCCAAAUAUAAACGAAUUGAGCACAUUGAUGAAGUAGUCAAUGUAAAGCCUCGAUUUGUCACAAAACCUAAAAGCUUAGACAACAUGAGAGAAGGUCAACAUGCCCAUUUUGAAUGUAAAUUAGAACCUGUCACAGACUCUAAUUUGAAGGUUGAAUGGUACAAGAAUGGACGUCCAAUAAUUGUUGGCCACCGGUUUCGUCCAAUACAUGAUUUUGGCUAUGUUGCAUUGGAUAUUAUCGACCUCAUUGCUGAAGAUAGUGGUGUUUACUCAUGUCGAGCAGUAAACUUGGUAGGAGCAGAUGAAACAACAUGUUCUCUCACUUGCAGAAGUACUGCUCAGAUUGUUACUGGAACUCACAAUGAAAUGGGUCUAGAGCAAAUUCAGCACUUAGAGGAUCGUUCAAAGUAUCAUAGAGCAGAGUUUUCAGAAGAAAUAACUAAACAAGCUCCAAUAUUCACAACAUCACUUAAACACAUUGAAAUUAAAGAAGGUCAAAGAGCACAUUUUGAGUGUCGUUUAAUUCCUGUGUCUGAUCCAACCAUGAAAGUAGAAUGGUUCCACAACAAUGCACCAGUAAAAUCUGGUUCACGUUUCACAGAAACAAAUAAUUUUGGAUUUGUGGCUCUUGAUAUAACAUACUGUUAUCCUGAAGACUCUGCUAAGAAAUCAAUCUAUUUGGAGUCACAACACCAAGAAGCUUUAGUACAACUUAAUUAUUUGGAGGACAGUUCUCGUUACCAACGACAAACUGCUCAAGAAGAAACUGUAUCUCAAGCUCCAGUUUUCACUCAGCCUAUGAAAGAUGUGAAAUGUGCUGAAAAUCAGGCUGCGCAUUUUGAAGCACGUCUUAUUCCAGUGGCAAAUCGUGUUACUACAAUGCAUGACUUUGGAUAUGUAGCAUUAAACAUGAAAUAUGUUUAUCCUGAAGAUUCUGGCACAUAUACUUGCAGAGCUAUUAAUGAAUUGGGGCAAGCAGUCACAUCUGCAACACUUGUUGUACAUUCAAAAGCCUCUUUGCUUCUUGAGAGCCAACAUGAAGGUGCUUUGGAAAAGCUCCAAAUGCUUGAAGAUUCAUCUCGCUAUCAACGCCGAGAAGAGGAAGAAGUUAUUGUUAAACAGCCACCAAAAUUCACAGCACAACUUAAUGGGCCAACAAAUUUGGUGGAAGGGCAAAGUGCUCACUAUGAAUGUCGCAUUGAACCAUACCCAGAUCCAAACUUAAAAGUGGAGUGGUUUCACAAUGGAAAACCUUUACAGACAGGCCAUCGUUUCCGAACAACAUAUGAUUUUGGAUUUGCUGCCCUGGAUAUUCUAACUGUGUAUGGAGAAGACUCUGGUGAAUAUACCUGCAGAGCUACCAAUAAACUUGGCCAUGCAACUUCAUCAAUUAAGAAAAUACAGUAUCUUGAAGAUGACUCUCGACACAAAAGAACUGCUGCGGAAGAUGCUGUCAUUUUAGAGAAGCCUCAAUUUGGUCGCCCUCUUCGUAACAUUGAAAAUCUUGCUGAGGGACUCAGUGCUCAUUUGGAAGCCACUCUUACACCUGUAAAUGAUCCUACAAUGAAAGUUGAAUGGUUCUGCAAUGGCAAACCAAUCCCUCAAGGACACCGCUUCAAGACAACUUAUGACUUUGGUUUUGUUGCACUUGAUAUUCUUUAUGCUUAUGCUGAAGAUUCUGGUACUUACAUGUGCAAAGCAAGAAAUGCAGUUGGUGAAGCAGUUACAACAUGCUCUGUGAAAGUGCAAGCAAAAUCUGGAUUAUAUUUGGAUACCCUGGAUGAGCAAAGACUGAAGAAAAUAAAAGACCUUGAAACCCUUGAACGACCGAAAAAGGUCGAAGCUGAACCGGAAGCCCAGCGGCCAGUCUUUAUUACGCCUUUAAACAAUUUGGAGCACUUAAAAGAAGGUGAACAUGCUCAUCUUGAGUGUCGUGUGGAGCCCAUCAAUGAUGCCAAUCUGAAAAUCGAAUGGUUUGUGAAUGGCGUUGCUAUUAAAACAGGACAUCGCUUCAGAACAACUCAUGAUUUUGGUUAUGUUGCUCUUGAUGUACUGUACACAUAUCCAGAAGAUUCAGGCACCUAUAUGUGCAAAGCAACGAAUUUCGUUGGAGAAGCUGUUAACACUUGCACUAUUAGCGUUGCAGCUCGACGAAGCAUUUAUCUAGAAUCUCAGCAUCCAGAGGGAUUACAGAAAAUUCAGGAACUUGAAGCUCAGGGAAGACCUGGCAGAUUAGAAGUCGAAGAGCCUAUACCAACUCCUCCACGCUUCAUCACUGAAUUAAGAGGAACCACAGAAUUAGUUGAAGGACAGACUGCUCAUUUCGAAGCCCAAGUUGAGCCAUUACAUGAUCCUAACUUGCGCAUUGAACUUUAUCAUAAUGGAAAACCAUUACCAUCAGCUUCGCGCUUCCAUAUUACCUUCGACUUUGGAUACCUAGCUUUAGAUAUCAGCCACAUUGUUCCAGAAGAUGCUGGAGAAUAUUCUGCCAAGGCUAUAAAUGCUCUUGGACAAUGUACAUCAACUAUCAGUGUUCGUGUCCAAGGAAAGAGUAAUAUCAUUUUGGAGUCACAACGACCCGAAGGACUUGAAAAAAUCAGACAACUUGAAGAGCAUACACCAUUUCGACAGCCUGACAUUCCAGAACCCACUAGACAGCGUCCUGUAUUCACCCAACCUUUGCAAAACAUUGAUGGAAUUGCUGAAGGGCAAACUGCACACUUUGAAUGUCGCCUCAUUCCUGUUGGAGAUCCAACACUUAAAGUUGAAUGGUUUAGGAAUGAAAAGCCUCUUGAAACAAGUUCACGGAUAACAAAAACUCAUGACUUUGGAUAUGUGGCAUUGGACAUGACACAUGUCCGCGGUGAAGAUGAGGGAGUAUACAUGUGCCGUGCUUCCAACACCUUAGGUGAAGCAGUUACCACCGCAUCAAUGAAAAUUAAAACAAAAGCCAAUAUCCAGCUUGAAACGCAGCAUCCGGAGGGCAUGAAGAAAAUUCAACAACUGGAGCAAGGACGUGUUCCAAAAAGGAGUGAUGAGCCCGAUAAAGCAUUCGAGAAGCCUAUUUUUACACAAGUGCUUACUGGACCUUCCGAAUUAUGGGAAAGCCAGAACGCUCAUUUUGAAUGUCGUGUGGUGCCUGUUGGUGAUCCCAGCCUUAGAUUUGAGUGGUAUGUCAAUGGUGUGGAAUUAAAAAUGGGAUCUCGUUUCCAUGUUACACAUGAUUUUGGAUUUGUCACUUUGGACAUUUCUAAAGUUGUAACUGAAGAUUCUGGAGUGUACAUGUGCAAAGCAAUUAAUAAUGCAGCCAAGUCAUCUAUCGUGGGUGAACCUAUGCAGCCUGAUGCAUGGCAAAAAAUCCAGCUGAAAGAAGCAGAAAUGAAUAAGGUGCCGGAAAUGUUCGUUGACACUUCUCCACAGCAAGCACCAGUUUUUACCACUCAUCUGGUGAGCCAUGAAAAGCUCGUGGAGGGUCAGCACAUAUUACUGGAGGCUCAAGUUGAACCGCGAGCCGACCCUAAUCUACGGAUCGAAUGGUUCAAGAAUGGUGUUGCACUUACAACUGGUACCCGCAUUCGAAGUACGUUUGAUUUUGGGCUUGUAACCCUGAAUAUUAAUGGGUUACGAGCUGAUGAUUCUGCUAUCUAUACAUGCAGAGCAUAUAACCUUCUUGGAGAAGCUGUUUCUACAUGCACAAUUAAAGUUGAAGAUCGACAUUGGUUGCUUGGUAGCUCUCUGCGUCCUGAAGCUUUACCUCAGAUCGAAGCUCUUGAGCAACCCAAAGUAUUUCAAACAGAUGCUCCUGAGCCUGUUUAUGAAUCACCAGUAUUUAUUACCCACUUGAAUAACAUUGAGUGCCAGGAAGGUGAAUCUGUUCAUUUUGAAUGUCGGGUGGAGCCAUCAAAAGAUCCAACACUAAAUAUUGAGUGGUUUGUCAAUGGUAAACCAUUACCCAUGGGAGCUAGAUUUAAGUCAACUUAUGACUUUGGGUAUGUAGCUUUGGAUAUCAAUCAUGCAUAUGCUGAAGACUCUGGAGUUUAUAUGUGCAAAGCAACAAAUUCCAAAGGACAAGCUUCUACAUCUGGAACUCUCAAAUGCACAAGUAAACAAAAUAUCUAUCUUGACACCCAACAUCCUCAAGGAAAGGCUGGCUUAGAGAAAGUCGAAGAGGUUGAUGAAGCUUAUGCUGCACGUUUGCAGCGUGAGGGAUCUCGUCCAGAACAAGAGUUCCCCAAACCAAUUUUCAUUGUUCCCCUGCAUCCAGAAUUCUCUCUGGGAGAAAAUGAAGCUUUACAUCUUGAGUGCCAAGUUGAGCCAAAAGAGGAUCCAAACCUGAAAGUAGAAUGGUAUUUCAAUGGGAAAAAUCUUGAACAUGGUUCAAGGUUUAAAAUGACAUGCGACUUCGGAUUUGUUACUUUGGAUCUCACUGAUGUUUAUGAAAGAGAUCAAGGAAUUUAUACCUGCAAAGCUCAUAACAAACAAGGAGAAGCAUUUACAUCAACUACAGUGUAUUGUAAAAGUAAAUCAAAUCUUAUUGAGCAUACACAACACCCUAAGGGAGCAGAAGGUUUGGAGAAGAUACAAGAUCUGGAAGAGUCAUUGAGAAGACAAGAAGGUGUUCUUCCAGAUGGUGAAGAAGGUCAUCCACCAGUUUUUACUUCUCAGUUCCAAAAUCUCAAGAAUCUCAGUGAAGGAGAAAUAGCCCAUUUUGAAGCAUCAUUAACUCCUGUUGGUGAUCAGACUAUGACUGUUGAGUGGUUUUACAAUGGAGAGGCACUGAAAGCCAGUCAUCGCACCAGAACUGUGCAUGCGUUUGGCAUGGUAGUUUUAGAAAUUCUUGGGACAAAGAUUGAAGAUUCUGGAAAUUAUACAUGCCGUGCCACUAAUAAAUGGGGUCGUGCUGAGAUAAGUGUUGAACUUGAAUGUGUGGAAAAAUCAAAGGGUCAGAAGCCACGGUUCACUACACAAAUUCAGAGUCUGGAGGGUCUGAAGGAUGGUGAUUCUGCACAUUUCGAGUGUACUCUUACUCCUGUGGGUGAUCCUCAUUUGAAAGUAGAAUGGUUUCAUAAUGGACAGCCUUUGAGACAUUCCAGCCGCAUUAAGACUGUGUCUGAUUUUGGUUUUGUUGUUCUUGAUAUAGCAUAUGUACAAAGUCAUGAUUCUGGAGAAUAUGUUUGUAGAGCAAGCAAUAAAUAUGGAGAAGAUUUUACUAAGGCUACUAUUAAAUGUCAAGGAAAAGGAGGAGUUUACUUUGAUACCUUGCAACCUGAUUCUCUUGCACGGAUACGUGAACUUGAAACAUCUCAAGGGAGUCAGAUGGCCACUCCUACUUCUCCUGUUCUUGAGCCACCUGUGUUCACUACACAUAUAUCAGAUGUCACACAACUUGUUGAAGGACAAAGUGCUCACUUUGAGGCCAGACUUACUCCUGUCAAUGAUCCUAACUUGACGGUUGAAUGGUUUUACAAUGGAAAGAAACUUCCUCAUGGUCAUCGUUAUCGUACAUUCCAUGAUUUUGGCAUUGUCAUUCUUGACAUAUUGUAUUGUUAUGAAGAGAACUCUGGUGUGUACGAAUGCAGAGCUGUUAAUAAAGUGGGUCAAGAUGUAACCAAAGCAACUCUGAAAUGUGUAUCUAAAGCCAAUCUUAUAUUGGAUUCUCAGUUACCUCAGGGCAUGGAGGGAGGACUAGAAAAGAUUCAAACUUUAGAAGAUUCCCUGAUUCGCAAUCAAGAUGAAAAAGUGUCCGAAGUAAAAGGGCAGGCUCCUAUGUUUACAGUUCCUCUAUCUAAUAUUGACAGCUUAAGAGAAGGAGAAAAUGCUCACUUUGAAGCUCGUUUGAUUCCAACUGACGACCCCAAACUAAAGGUUGAAUGGUUUUGGAAUGGAAAACCUUUGAAGACUGGAUCCAGAUUUCGUACUUUUUGUGAUUUUGGAUUUGUUAUACUUGAAAUCUCUCCUGUAUAUCCAGAAGAUUCAGGAGAAUAUUCUUGUCGAGCUUUCAAUGAUUUUGGACAAGCUGUUACUACUGCUACUAUGCGAGUACAAGGAAAGCGUAGUAUAAUACUUGAAUCUCAGCUACCUAAGGGCAUGGAACAUACAAUAGAAAAAAUUGCAGAGUUGGAAGGUCUUGGCCUUGCUCCUGAUCAACCAUCAGCUGAUGAAGAUGUUGGAAGACCACCUGAAUUUAUUACAACACCUGUGGAUCUUACCUUGACAGAAAACUCUCUUGCUCAUUUUGAAUGUCGUUUGACUCCUGUGAAUGACUCGAGUAUGCGAGUUGAAUGGUUUCAUAACGGAAAAGCUCUCUCUGCAGGUUCAAGAAUAAAAACUAUUAAUGACUUUGGUUUUGUUAUUUUGGAAGUAGCAGGAGUGUACCAAAGAGAUUCAGGUCUCUACACUUGUAAGGCCACUAAUCGUCAUGGAGAAGCAACUGUGUCCUGUAAGUUACAAGUAAGAGGUCGACAAGGCAUAAUUUUGGAGCCUCAACUGCCAUCAAAUUUCCGUACUGGUACAGAAAGUAUUCAGAAACUGGAGGAGAAUUUGUACAAGAAAGAUGAAAUUCUUGCUGAAGAAGAAAAACCAAAUCCUCCUAAAUUUAUUGUGGAACUAAAGGAUAUUUCUGAUGUAGCUGAAGGUGCUCCAAUUCACUUUGAAUGCCGUGUAGAGCCAGUUGGUGACUCUAGCAUGCGAAUUGAUUGGUUUCACAAUGGCCGUCCAUUUGCCACUGGUUCCAGAGUUCAUAUGCUUAAUGAUUUUGGUUUCAUUGUUUUGGAUAUGGAUUACACUUACGCUCGUGACUCUGGUGAAUAUGUAUGUCGGGCUACUAAUAAGUGGGGUUCUGCUACCACCAAAGCUACAUUGACAUGCAAGGCUAAGCAUGAUGUAGUGUUGGAAUCUCAACUUCCUCAAGGAAUGAGUGGAGCAAAACUUAAAGAGCUUGAACGUGGACCUGUGACUAAGGCAUUCCCUGAAGAUGCUCCAUUGUCUCCUCCAAAGUUCAUUACACAAAUUACAUCUGUUGGAAUUGGUGAAGGAGAACCAGUGCACUUUGAAUGCAGAGUGGAGCCAAAAACCGAUCCCAAAUUGAGAAUUGAAUGGUACAGAAAUGGCAAGUUGUUACCUUCUGGACAUCGAUUCCGCACCAUGUAUGAUCUAGGCUUUGUAUCAUUGGAUAUUUUGUAUACAUACCCUGAAGAUUCUGGAGAAUAUGUAUGUCGUGCUGUAAAUGAUCUGGGUGAAGAUACUACACGAGCUACAAUAUCUUGCAAAAAAUUACCUACAAUAAUUUUGCAAAAUCAAGUUCCUAAGGGCAUGAAGAAGUCAGAAGCACUUAUGCAGAUGGAAGCUACAAUCAAGAAAUACACUUCUGAGAUACAUUUAACUGAGGAUGACCUUUAUGACCCUGAUAAAAAGCAGCCUCCAAGAUUUGUAACCCAGAUCAAAGACCAAACAACAUUAGAAGAGAUGCAGUCAACAAAAUUUGAAUGUCAAUUAGCUCCAGUAGGUGAUCCAAAUAUGAAGGUUGAAUGGUUUCUGAAUGGCAAACCAUUGCCUCACAAAAAUAGGUUUACUCCAAUUUACGAUUUUGGAUACGUUGCCAUGAACUUUGGAUGGGUGUAUCCAGAAGAUAGUGGAGAGUAUUUAUGCAGAGCCACCAACUUAUACGGAAUGGAUGAGACUCGUGCGGUUAUAAAGACUGCUGGGAAGCCUGGAAUAAUAUAUGAAUCUCAACUACCGAAGGGAAUGAAGAGUAUUGAAAGAAUUAGAGAAAUGGAAGCAGCAUGGCAAAUUGUACCUGAGGAGCCAGAUGAGAGUGAAAAGCCAAAAUCUGCUCCAGUUUUUGUAACAAAACCAGAAACAUAUACUGCAGUGGAAGGAGAACCAGCUCGUUACUGUUGUCGUGUUACUGGUUUCCCAAGACCUCGUGUCAUGUGGGUAGUUAAUGGCCACACUGUUGUAAAUGGUACUCGCUAUAAGCUGACUUAUGAUGGCAUGUGGCAUUUGGACAUUCCAAAGACCAGACAAUAUGAUAAUGGUAAAGUGGAAGUGAUAGCUCGUAAUUCUGCAGGAGAAGCAAUAGCAGUAGCAGAUCUUGUAGUAAAACAACGUCAAGAUGACUACAGAAAUGUUUUGAAGAACUCUCCGAGACCAUGGUAUGACUACGAACUUACACAAUACCAGAGAGAACGACAGGAAACAGAACUGGAGAGAGUGUUUGAAGAGAGGCAAGGUCAACAGAUAGAGCUGAGUGAACAUCAUUUGAAGCAAAAAAUCAUUAAGGAACCUGAAACAGAGUGGCAACAAUCUGUGAAGAAGAAAAAGGGAGAAGACUAUUAUAGCAAACUCAAGGAGCUGGAAGAUGAACAAGUUGUCAAAGAAACACGUCUUCGUGAAUCAUCUCAUCAGUUUGCUAUACCUGGUGAAAAAGUUGUACAUAAGAGUUUAGCAAAAGGAAUGGCUCAAAGUUACGAAGAGAAAGUUGAAAGAAGUGAAAAUACUGGAGUGCAAACCGGAGGUUUGUCACAAAUUUCUUCUCACACAUCAGAUACUGUUAUUGAUUCUCAACAUGUGAAGGGAACUGUUAUUCCUGAACCAGCAGAAUCAGCUGUCCAUGGCCGUGAAGUUCAUGUGGCAAAGCAGAAGCAAACACAAAAAGAGAAACCUGCCAAGCCUCCAUUUUUCACCAAGAAAAUACAGCCAUGCCGUGCUUUCGAGCAGGAUCAAGCCAGAUUUGAAGUGGAGUUUGAUGGAGAUCCACUUCCUACCGUUAAGUGGUACCGUGAAAAUUUUCCCAUUGUAUCAUCUGCAGAUCUACAGGUUCACACCUUCAGCACCAAGUCUGUUUUAAUACUGCGUCAAGUGUUUAUGGAAGACUCUGGAGUUUUCUCAGUAAUUGCUGAAAACAGAGGAGGUACUGCAAAGUGCAGCGCAAAUCUGGUUGUCGAAGAGCGUCGUCGACAAGGCAGAGGUGGUGUCAUUCCACCAAGCUUUUUGACUACAAUACAAAACACAGUGGUCGUUGCUGGUCAGCUUGCUAGGUUUGAUGCCCGUAUAACAGGCACAAAGCCUUUGGAUGUUUACUGGCUGAAGAAUGGUAAAAAGAUUUUACCAGAUAUUCGACAUAAAUCGCUUGAGGAAGAUAACACCUUCACUCUAUUGAUUCUUGAAUCUCUACCCGAGGAUUCGGGGAAAUACGAAUGUGUCGCAAUUAACGGCGCUGGAGAGGCUCGCUGUGAUGCUGAGUGUUUUGUUCAAACUCCAUCGUCCAAGCCCACUUCUCAAGGGAAAGCAGCCCCGACAGGAUCAGACCAAGCCCCCACUCUUCUUGAACCCAUGAAAGGACAACCCGUUCAAGAGGGUCAAGCUGUGGCGUUUAAAUGUAAAAUUUCUGGAAAGCCAGUUCCCCAAAUUAAGUGGUUUAAAGGAGACACCCCAAUAAAACCUUCAAAAUAUUUCCAAAUGCAAAAAGAUGGAGAUAUUUACACACUACAUAUUUCUGAAGCUUUUCCAGAAGAUGAAGGAAUGUACAAAUGUGUCGCUUCUAAUACAGCAGGCUCAGUUACAACAUCUGCAGAGCUCAAAGUAUUAGCUCCAAGUACUCAGGAAAUAACUCCUUCAUUGGCCCCAAUGCGUGAUGUUAUUGUGCCUGAAGGGAAUCCAGCACAGUUUCGUACUCAGGUUUCUGGAAAACCGCAACCAAAUAUACAGUGGUUUAGAGAAGGAGCUCUUAUUCCUCAAUCGGCUGAUUUUCAGAUGAUUCAAGAUGGAAACAAUGUUGUUUUACUGAUUUCAACAACAUACGAAGAAGAUUCUGGAGUGUUCACUUGCAGAGCUACUAAUUCUGCUGGCCAAGUGGAAACUUCUGCAAAGCUGAUCGUCAAAAGAGGAAAAGGAUUGGCGUAUGGUCCACUAGUUCCUGAUGAAACAUAUGAUGAUGACAUCACUCACAGAAAAGAGGCCACUGAUUUUUCAAAUCAAUUAGACAAAGUGAAUCUUUCUCUCACAAGACAAGUACAAGAACAAAUAGGCGAUUCAAACCAAGUUCAACUCACUGCUAGUGAUAUGACGUUACCCUGGAGAAAGCAAAAAUCUACAUUGCCUGUGGCGCCUUGGAGGAAAGCAAAAGACCGUUCCUCAAUCCGUACUUUUGAGGAUCAUGAAAAAACCAAAACAUGGACUGACCAAAUAGCACAAAAAAAGAAGCUUUCUACAGACAUAAUUCAAAAAGAUACACAAAAAAACAAUGUGGAGGAGUUAAAAACUGAGUCACUCAUUGUAUUUAAAUCUUCUGACAAGAAUGAUAUACCUGCACGUUUGACACCAAUAACGAAGGAGGAUGAGACACCCUUUAAAGACAUUCCAGGUUCAGAAUGGCAACAAGAACUGAAAGUGGAAGCUGUAUCUUUGAAGAGAAAGAGUGUACGCCAGAAAAUUUCUAUUCAAGAAAAGGAGGGUCAUCCACUGACUGAUCUUGAAAUAAUAUCCCAGAAACGUGGUGUGCAAGAUGAUGUUAAAUUUUCAGAAGAAUCUCUACUUGUUGGUACUGAGACAAUUGAAGACCAGUUGAUUAUCCCUUCAUUAGGGAAGGAAGAUGUUUCAUUGAGUUUGCCUAAUGCUUUACCUCCUCAUUUUAUUAAACAUUUGGAACCUAAUAUUGUGAAAGUUAAUGAAAAAGCUAUAUUUACUUGUAAAGUUGAUGGUACACCAUUCCCCAAUAUCAAGUGGUUUCGUAAUAAGAAGGAAAUUGUUUGUACAAAGAGAAUAAAGAAAAAUAUUUAUGAGACUACAGCUUCUUUAGAAAUUGAUAAUAUUCAGGAAGAAGAUGUUGGUCUGUAUUCCUGCCAAGCCAAAAACAUUGCAGGAGUAGCAACCUCCACUACUAAUUUAAUACUUUUAGAAGAAGAAGAAACUGGUAUUGCACCACACUUUAUUCAGCCUCUGCAAGCACCGAAAAUAAGUCUUGAACAACCAUUAGUAUUAGAAUGCGUUGUUGUUGGAACACCUGUUCCUGUUUUGAAAUGGUUUGCCAAAAAUCAGGAAAUUAUACCAAAGAAAGGAAAGGAAGUUUCAUACAAUUCUGAGUUGGGUAUUGCAACUCUGAAGAUCUUGAAACCCACAUCAGAAGACUUCUGUUUUUAUAGUAUUCAAGCAAGUAAUGCAUUUGGCUCUGCAGAAUGCCGUAUAGAUCUUAUUUUUGGUGAAGAAACCAAAAUAAGCAAGCCUACAGUUCUUCAAGCUCCAAAAAUUACAAAACCAUUGGAAGCAAAAGUGGUAUACACUGGUGAGCCAAUAACUUUGGAAUCUGAAUUUGAAGGUAUUCCUGUACCUGAUGUUAAAUGGUAUCACAAUGGCAAAGAAAUAAAAUUAACAAAACAUAUUAAAAUGACAACAGUUGGAUAUAAAACAAAUCUUCAUAUAACUGAAGCUCAGAAAACUAAUAGUGGAAAAUACGAAAUACAAGUGGUCAAUUGUGCAGGAGAUGCUCGUAGUUCUGGCACUAUUUCAGUAACAGAACCACAACCUGAAAUGAAAGAAGUGAAACCCCCACGGUUUGUGAAGCCUAUUAAACCUCAAAUUAUAGCUGAAGGAGAAGUCGUCAUUCUGGAGACACUUGUAGAGUCACAUCCCAUUUGCUCUUUUCAGUGGUUUCAACAUUCUUUUCCUGUUAAGUCAUCUCCUGAAUUACGUGUAGUGUCAACAGGGAAUCGUUCAAUUUUGUUAAUUGAUAAAGCUACACCACAUCAUAGUGGUACAUACACUUGCAGAGCUGAGAAUGUAGGUGGCUCUGUUACAUAUUCAGCUACAGUUAAUGUGCUGCCUGAACCUGCUUAUGAAGAAGUCACAGAACUUGAAUCGCCUCGUUUUGUGAAGAAACUUGCUUCUAUACGAAUUAUGGAUGGACAAGAAGUUGCAGGAAAACCAACUCCACAUAUUACUUGGCUUCAUAAAAAUAAACCUCUUAAAGAAGCAAAGGAUGUUACAAUAUCACAAGAUAGUGAAGGUGUUUGUAAAUUAAGUAUUCAAGAAGUUUUCCCAGAAGAUGCAGGAGAAUAUACUUGUUAUGCUGUCAAUCCAGUGGGUGAAGCUGUGUGUUCUGCAUCUCUUGUUGUAGAAGCCUAUGAAUAUGUACCUGAUUCUGAAAUAGCAUCUGUGACAAUAGGGACAUCUAUGAUUAUAGAAAAAAGUAGUUCUGAGGAAGAUGAGAAUUUGCCAAUGCAGCAAACACAAUUAAGUAAGGCUCCACAUUUCACCACUAAGUUACCAGAAAUUGUACCUAUCCGGAAUGGUGAGCUUACAAGACUGGAAGUGAAAGUUGAAGGUUUUCCCAAACCUCAAAUUCAUUGGCAUAAGCAAGGAGUAGAAGUUACUCCAUCUAGAGAUUUCCAAAUAGAAGAAUUUGAAAAUGUGUUAACUAUUACUGAAGUAUUUCCAGAUGAUUCAGGAGAGAUUAUAUGUGAAGCUCAAAAUGAAUUGGGCAUUGACACUACUAAGACUGAGCUUGUGGUGGAAGAUAUACUUGGAACAAAAGAAUACCGCAAGCCAGAGUGGGUUACACACAUGGAAGAGCUUCAAGAGGCGUUGAGAGAACAAUCAUAUGAAGGAGAUAUUCUGAGUUCAUACAAUGAAAAGGGUAGCAAAGUUUAUAAAGCAGUGAUAUGUCAAGAAGAUAAUAUUGGAGAGAAAUUGGAAAGAAAUGUUGCCGGUGUGAGCCGAACAGAAUUCCAUUUUCAGGAAUUAAAAGAAAAAACAGCAGAAGUGGUCAAGAUAAUUUAUGUUUCAGAGAAUAAAGAAGAGAAUGUUAAUAAUUUUCAUACAUUAUCUCCAAUAGAGGAAAGUAGUGAGCCUUCCACAGCCAAAAACAGUGAAAGAGGGGAUUUGGAGGCAAAUUUAAAAAAGUCUGAUGAUAGAGUGGAAUAUUUAAAGUUACUUUCAGCAUCUUGUGAAACAUUGCAUCACAAAGAUGAAUCAAUAAGAGCUGGACUCCCGAUAAAAUAUCUAACAUUUCCUCGUCCGAAGAUUCCUGUGCUUUCUCCUGUUCGUAAUAAUGCAUGCUACAACAUUCCUGAAGAUACAACUCAAUACUCAUUGCAACCUCGUGAACUUGAUCCAGCUAGUUUCCACCAGUUACAUAUGGCUGACAGCCAAGAGGAAUUGCAAGAAUUUUUGCUUCUUGAGAGUCAGUGUAUGACAACUGAAGGUUGGGGGCUUGCUGCUGCUUUUUUGGCCUCUGAUUUUGAACAAAAUUCAAGUGAUGAGGAUAGAGACCAAUGGGUAUUAACAAGGCCACUGUCAGAUGUAACAUGGUACAAAAAUGAUAAAAGCCUUCGUAACACCAAGAAUAUUCAAAUACGAAUAAAGAAUAAUAAGACUACCUGCACAAUCUUGAAAGCAACACCUGAAGAUGAAGGUACCUAUGUUUGUAAAGCUGUCAGUGAUAUUGGUACUGAAACCACAAGAGCACAGCUAUAUGUUCAAGAGAAGGAAACUGGAACUUUAAAUCGUCAGAAGAAGACAAGAAGGGUAAUCAAACAAAGAUCAGAAGAGGAAGAGGAAAUUGAAGAAAUAGUAGAUGAAGGAAAACGGAAGGUGAAGAAAUCAUUCAGAGCCACAAGACCAAAGACAGAUGAAGAAAAAUUGAAAAUUGUAGAGGAAACACCCCAGGAAGCUUUGGUUGUUCAAGACAAGGAAAAAACUGUUUCUAUUUCUGAAGUUGAAGUGAAUAAACUUCCUUUAAAACCAACAAAAAAGAAAGAAAAGGAUGUGAAAAAAAUACAAAUCAAAGAAGAAACUCCUGUCACAGAAAAUAUACCUGAAGAGCCAGAAAGAAAAGUAGAAGAAACAAGGCCAGAUGACAAAGUUCCUGUCAUUGAAGAUACAGGAACAAAUGAGGCAAUUGCAAAGCCAGAAUCUAAACCUGUUAAAAAGCCUUCAAAGAAAAAGAAAGAGACAAAACCGGCUUCAGUUCCAUUACAAGAAGAAAUAAAAGAAAGUAAAGAGAAAGAGUUACCUGAAUUAGUUCCUGAAGAAGAAAAACAGAAAGAAGAGCCUGAAGUUUCAAAACCAGAGCCUAUUUCUCCUAAGGAAACAUCUGAUAAAAAGGCCAAAACUAAAUUGCCUAAACCACAAAAGGUUGAUGCUCUUCCCCAACUUAUGAAGAUUGAAAGAAAAGAAAUUAAGCCAACAAAACUUAAGGUGACUGAAGUUGCUCCAAAAGAAGAGGUGCCUUUAUUUGCACAGAUCAAGUUGAGAAAAUCAUCUAUUCAAAAGCGAGAAAUUAAAAGCACAGAACUGCCUAAAGUAAUGCUUAAGAGUAAUCUGAAAGUAAUAGAAUAUCCACCUAUGGAGCAGACGCCUAUUAUAACUUUAAUUAAUGUGAAGCCUGAUAAAGGUAUUCUGUCAAGAAAUGUUGAAGAGGCAUUGAAACCAAAGAAAAAGAAAAUAAAACAGAUGAAAGAUACAGAGAAAGAAGAAGUAGAAUUGGAGAAACCGGAGACUUUUGAAAUAGAGGAGAAAGAGAAAACUGAAGAAAAGAAAAUUGAAGAAACAACUUGGGUACGAGAGCCAAAGAAAGUGCAAGUAGAAGAUGUUGUUCCUAAGAAGCUAGUAAUUGGCAAAGGAAAUGUGCCUGAAAUUCAGGAACUAAGUCCAGAAAAUAUCAAGCUCAAGAAAAUACCUCAGAAACCUCAAGAUGAAGAGGUACCAGAAGAAGAAAAAGGGAAAAAGAAAGAGCCUGAUGAAGUUCCAUUAAAGGAUGCAAAGAAAAGAGGACCUUUGGAUGGACUUGCACCAUUUGUUGGUAAGGUUGAUGAAGGAUCUGACUUAGAACUUGAAAAGUACGAAAAAGUGGAACCUGUGAAAAAAGAAGAAUCUUCCACGCCAGAAAAGUUGAAGAAACCAAAGUUAAAACCAGUCAAACCUGAACAAGAAGUGGAAGAAUUUCCUUUAAAACUGGGUAAACCAAAGAAAGUUCCAGAAGAAGAAGAAAAAGAUAUCACUUUAAAGAAAAAAAUGGGAGAGCCAGUCCCAGAGAUUCCUGAAGAAAUUACUCUGAAACCAUUCAAGAAAGAAAAGCCAAUAGAAGAGCCAAAAGAAGAUAUAGUGAAAGUGCCUAAACCAGAAGCUGAUAAACAAGUACCAGAUGAGGAGCAGGUGACAAUGAAAAUUCCAAAAGGUGAAUUCCCAGAAAAGAAGAAAACUAAAAUUAAGAAACCAAAAACAGAAGAAAAACCAGCUGUACAAGAAGAGCCACUUAAAGAUGUUAAAGAAGAAACUGAAGAAAUUGUUGUGACCAGUCCAAAGAAACUUGAGCCAAAGGUAAUAGAGGAUGAAGAAAUUACUCAAGAAAUCAUUUUAAAACCAAAGAAAAUGCAACCCAAAGUAGAAGAAGAAUUUACUUUAAUAAAAGAAACAGAGAAACCUGUAGAAGAUAUCAAUGAAGAUAUCACAAUAAGUGUUAUGCCAAAAACACUUCCAACAGAAGAUAUAACUGAAACAGUGAAUCUCAAAAAGAAGAAACCAAAGAAAGAGAAACUAAAAGUGGUAGAGGAUGUGGAAGAAGCAGUUAUCAUAAAGCCAUCAUCAAAGAAACCAGAAGAAACUAUAGAUGAUAAGGAACCUCAAAAGUUUGAAGUGGAAAGUGUGACUGAAGAAAUUACUAUUAAGAAAAUACAACCUCAAAAACCUGAUGAAGAAGAAGACACAAAUCAGACAUUUACUUUAAAACCAAAACCAAAAAUACCUGUGAAAGAAGUAUCUGAUGAAACUACAGUGAUAAAAUUACAGCCAGAGAAACCUGAGGAAAUUGAAGAAGUUAAAGAAACCUUUUCUUUAAAGAAAAAGAAAAAGGAAGUAGUUUCAGAUGAUGUAAAUGAAGAAAUUACUAUACGAAAGAAAAAGCCUGUACAAAUACCAGAAGAUGUUAGUGAACAUGUCACUUUAAAACAGAAGAAGGUGAAAGAAAUUCCUACUACUGAAGUUUCUGAAGAAAUAAGUAUUACAAAAUUAAUACCUAGAAAGUCAACAGAUGAUGAAGAAGGUAUUGUUCAUGAAGAACAACCUGAGGAAGUCAUUGAAGAAAUUGUUUUAAAGAAACUCAGUAAGCAAAAACCAAGUGUAGAAGAAAUAUCUGAAGAAGUUACAUUAAAACCAAAACCUAAAAAGAAAUCAGUGCCAGAGACUUAUGAAGAAGAAGAUAUUUCUAUGUCAGGUAGAGUACGAUUGAGGAAACAGAAACCUAUGACUUACGGUGAAGAAACAGGAGAGCAGACAAUUACAAUCACUCAAGAGGUAGAGCAAGAAGGUCCAGAAGAAAUAGUGGAAAUUAUUGAAGAAGAACCAGAGGAAGGAGUCACAAUUGAAUUAAGAAGAAAACCUAGUUAUCAUGUGGAAGAACCACUUGAAGAAGUUAUUCAUUUGGGGUAUCCUUCUAAGCAUCAAACUGAUGAGGUAGAAGGCAGUUUUCAGGUACAACUGAAAUCUAAAGAAGCAGAACAAAGCUAUACGGUGGAGGAGGUUGAGGAAGAAUUCCAGUUUGGUCUCAAAAAAGAAAAUCUAGCUCCAAGAGGUUCACUGUAUGAGGAAGAAUCUUUGGCAGUGAAGUUGAAGCCCAAGGAGAAGCCACCAAAAACCUUGCACCAAGGGGUAGAAGAAGUAAUUGUAACAGAAUAUGAAGAAGGACAUAAUUAUUGAAACAGUACCAAAAAUAAAUAUGGAAGCACUUAAAGAAAUAUAUAAAGUAAAGAAAGGAGAUGAUGUAGACAUAGAGGUGAAAUAUACUGCUACUCCAACUCCAAAAGAAGAAUGGUUUGUCAACGGUAAAUUAGUGAAGAAGAGCAAAAAGGUAACACCAGUCCUAACAGAAUAUUCAGCAGUAUUAUCCAUUAAAAAGGUUGAAGAAAUAGACACUGGAAAUUACACCAUUAAACUAGUCAACAACUGUGGUGAAGCAUCAGCAGAUCUGAAGCUUGUCUUGAUGGAGGUGCCAUCUGCUCCUGGACAUCCAGAAGUUGUGGAAAUUACAAAUAAUAGUGUUACCCUUCACUGGAAAGUACCUGAAACUGAUGGAAACUCUCCCAUUAUUAAUUACAUUGUAGAAUUCCAUGAUAAAUCUAAUUUAACGUGGAAAAAAUACAAUGAGAAUUAUAGUAUUACUGAAACAACACAUCGAAUCACUAAUCUUCAACAAAACAAGGAGUAUGUGUUUAGAGUGAGUGCUGUAAAUGAAAUAGGGCAAAGUCAACCAUCUCAAGAGACCCAAUAUAUAAAGAUAACUGCCCCAGUACAAGCAGAAGCACCUAAUAUACAGGAACCACUGAAGAGUGUGGUUACUGGAAUCAGUCAACCAGUCACUCUAGCAUGUGUUAUUAGUGGUAUCCCUGCUCCUAAUAUUCAAUGGUUCAAAAACGGACAAGUAUUCAGCAGCGAAAACAUUACGUAUGAAAACUGCGUUUCAAAAUAUGUUGUCAACAAAUCAACCCCUGAAACAGCGGGAACUUAUCGCUGCUACGCCAAGAACGAUGCUGGUUAUGCGGAAACAACCUGCGAAGUAAAGAUUCAAGAUCCACCUAAACUAGAAUAUGAUGAAACACUUAUGACUCAAAAACUGAGAGUCACAAAUCAAUGGAAAAUUGAAGUGAAAGUUUCAGGUUAUCCCAAACCUGAUAGUCAAUGGACUAAGAAUGGUAAAAGUCUGGCAUCAACAAAGCAUUGCACUAUUCAGACUGAUGAAACUUCGUCUACCAUUUCUGUAUCUUCCCUCACUAAAUCAGACAGUGGUACAUAUACAUUUACUGCACGAAAUGAAGCUGGUUUAAAAAGUGUUGACUUCACAGUUCGUGUUAUAGAUGAAUCCAGAAGUAAGACAGGCUCACCAACUGAGGAACUAAUUGACAAACCUAGCAAACCAGAGGGACCAAUGGUAGUGAAGGAUAUUCGAAGAGAAUCAGUUGUGAUUGAGUGGAAACCACCAGCUGAUGAUGGAGGUUUAGAACUUUCCAAAUAUUCAGUUGAAAAAUGUGAUAUAGAAAAGAUGGUUUGGAUGAAAGUGGCUGACGUGGAGAAAGAUGUAUCAUCAUAUUGUGUACAGCAGCUUAAAGAAGAUGCAGAAUACAUGUUCCGGGUAAUUGCAGAGAAUCCUGUUGGAUCUUCUGAAGCUCUUGAAAGUGAUGCUGUUACUAUUAGAAGUAAAUUUGACAAACCUUCGCCUCCGCGAGGUCCUUUAGACAUUUCAGGAAUGACAGAAACAGCUUUUAUUGUCGCAUGGCAACCUCCUGAGUCUGACGGCGGAGCGCCGAUACUGGAGUAUAUAGUUGAAAGAAAAGAAGUUGGAAAGAAGGCAUGGAAAAAGGUUGGAAGUACAUCAGGAGAAGUUACGCAUAUUGAAGUUACAGAAUUAAAGCUUAAUACUUCAUACCACUUCCGAAUUACUGCAAGAAAUGAUAUUGGACUUAGUGCACCAUUUUCACCCGAAGAACCAGUUACCGCUGGCAAACGAAUAAGUGCACCUUCAGCUCCAGCCAAUUUCUCUGUGAUAGAUAUAACAAGUAAGAGUGUAACACUCCAAUGGAGCCCACCUGUCAGUACGGGUGGAACCGAAUUGACAGGUUAUAUAGUGGAAAAGAGAUUAGCAUCUUCUAAGAAGUGGAUUAAAGUGGUUACUCUGGAACCUUCUAUUACCCAGCACUGUAUUGAGAAUUUGAAAGAGAAAUCUGAAUGGUUCUUCAGAGUGUAUGCAGAAAAUUCUAUUGGCUUGAGUCCUCCAGCAAGUACAGAACUUGUUAGCCUGAAAACUCAUGCUUCUCCACCAUCGCCACCAACAGCUCCAUUAGAAAUAAGAAGUAUCAGUCCUAAUUCUAUAAUCAUAGAAUGGGGAAUUCCCGAAACAGAUGGCGGUGCUCCAAUAGAAGGAUACACAAUUGCCAUCCGGGAUAUCAAGAAGACUAUGUGGAUGGAAGUAGGUCGCGUGAGAGCAGAUGUGCAGAAACUUGCUAUCAGGGACCUCCAAGAAAAUCACGAAUAUUUGAUAAGGAUAUUUGCGCGAAAUGAAGUUGGUCUGAGUGAGCCCUUGGAGUCAGAUGAAGCAUUUAAGGUGUUACGGCCAACAGAUGCUGAGCAGUUGGAAGUCGAUAAACUAGAAACAACUGCACCUACGUUAAGUUUCAGCACAGAAACAACGACAUCAUGGAUGAGGGAAGCUGGCAUGGAUGCUGACAUUCACUCUUAUGCCAGAGGUUCAUUACUGCGCCGUGAUGAGUAUUUCUUCCGUAUUUGGUAUUAUGCUAGACAGCUUUUCAAAUAGGUAAUUGGUUUACCAAAGAAAUAUGAUUUCCAUCUCAUUAUUUUUAUCGUAUUAUUCCAUACAUUGUUUUCAUGUUUAUGCCAAAUACAAAAUAUGUGUAUUUUUAUACCGUUGUGUAGUUUUGUACAGUUGUGUAGUGAAGAAAAAAAUAAUUUUCUAUUUUGGUUUGGACAUAAGAAAUUCCUAGGACAUGUUAUUCAAUGUACUGCAUUCCUUGAACGCAGAUGUUGAAUAUUUUGUUGUAUAUUGUAUGGUCAGAGGAGUCAAGACAGGUUUUGUGAUGAUGGUGAACAUGCAGACAAUAUCAAAAGCAUUCCCACCAUUACAUUUAUAAAUGCAUUUGCUAAACAAAAUAAUAAAUGUAUAGGUAAAGUUAUGGAGUGAAAUUUGUCUUGGCUCUAGAACAAUAUUUUUCUAGACAGAAAAAUAUAUUACCUAUUUUAUUUUAUAUAUAAUAGCAGAUGCUGAGAUAAAUAAUACAUUCAGAAAACAUGUAAAUUUAAAUAAUAUUCAUCACUUCUUGUGAUAUGUUUAUAUUGUAAUAUAUUUUGUACUCACGGUAAUAUCUAUAGAUGCAUGAAAGUGUUUGUGAGCAUAAUAUCAUGAAUCCCUCUCUAGUAUGCAAGUAUGAAAUAUGUGCUGUAUAGAAUACUGUGAUAAUUUUAAUUUCAUUUAGGAAAUAAUAAUUCUGUCAAGUGCCAUGAAAUUUGCAUGCUUCAUUCCUUAGCUUCAGUUACUUGAAUAUUUAUUAUAUACUAUUUAGUGUGAUUUGUUCUCAUAAAUAACUGGCUACAAGUCAUAUCUUCAAGAAUUCAAAUGUACAAUGUUAUUUCCCAGAAUUUGAUGUCCAACAAGGGAGACAAUAUAUAGGUGCAAAUGUUAACAUCUACUGCAUAGGAUUUAUCAUAUUCUGGAAAGUAACUUGUUAAAAUCAGAGAAUAAUUGAUACAACUUAAAAAAAAUUAAAAAGACAAAAAAUAUUAAGCAAUUUGAAUUCAUAUUGAUAUUUUUCCUACAAGAUCAAUGUGUCAUGGGCCUUUACAGAUAACACCAAAGACAUAAUUAAUUGUAAUAUUUAAUUUAUUAAAUCCAGGAAGAAAGUCGGUUAUUUCAAUAAAAAAUUCAUCCAUACUCUUAUA